AUGGCGCGCCUCGUCCUCUCCGCCGCCGCCCUCCUGCUGCUGUGCGCCCCGCCCGCGUGCUGGGCGUCCGAGCACCGGGCGAACCCGAUCCGGAAGGUGGUGACCAUGCUGCAGAACAUGGAGCAGCAGGUGAGGGAGGAAGGCGAGAAAGAGAAGAAGGCCUACGAGGAGUGGCCGCGGAUGUGCUAUUGCAAGACAGGUGCCAACACGCUUGAGACUUCCAUGGAGGCCUCCAAAGGCAAGAUCGAGGCUUUGGAGUCCAAGAUCACGGAGCAGACGGAGAAGAAGGCGGCCACGGACGCCGCCCUCAAGGAGCACACGGCCAGUCGUGCGGAGGCCAAGGACCAGAUGGCCAAGGCUACCGCCCUCCGCAAUGCGCAAAGCACUGCCUUCAUGAAGCUCAAGUCCGACGCCGACACGAAUGUCAGUGCCCUGGCCGCUGCCGUGGCUGCCAUCGAGAAGGGGAUGGGUGCUUCAUUCCUGCAGAGCUCCUCAGCGAAUCUCAUCAAGACGUAUGCCAUGGAGAAGGCGAACAUGCCCGACGCUGACCGACAGAACCUACUGGCCUUCCUUUCUGGCACCGUGGCCUACGCCCCAAAGAGCGGAGAGAUAGUUGGCAUACUGAAGGAAAUGGGCGAUGAGAUGGCGGCCGACUUGCUCGCGGCCACCAAAGCCGAGGAGGAGGCGAAGGCGACUUACGAAGCCAUGAUGUCCGCGAAAACGAAGGAGGUGAACACCCUCACAGCCCAGAUCGAAGAGGAGAUGAUGCGCCUCGGCGAACUGAGUGUGCUUCUCGCUGAGGACUCCAACGACCUCGAGGAGACGAAGGACACCCUUGGCGAAGACACGACCUAUCUCGCAGAGCUGCGGAAGGGCUGUGCCACCAAGGAUGCCGAGUGGGAGGCGAGGUGCAAAGUUCGUUCCGAUGAGCUGGUUGCGUUAGCCGAGACCAUCAAGGUGCUCAACGAUGACGAUAGCCUUGAGCUGUUCAAAUAA